UAUGCUGUGGCUUAUACUCAAAUUCAAAAAAUAACAUUUCCAGCGUGACGUCAGAGUUCUAGAAUCUUUAUAAAAAGCCAGUCGGCAAUUCAUUCUAUCAAGCUGAUGAUCAGUCUGACAUGUUCAAGGUCUCCUUAACACGACAGAUGGAUUCUCAGCACAAUUCUCAAAUUUACGGCUUAUAUCAUUCUUACCAAGCAAACGUAAUUGAAGGAGUGGACAGGGCACCCAUGUUCCUCCACUACCUUGAUGGUCCCUGCAUAUAUUCUGCUGGGGGAAUGCUGGCCGCCCCUGGGCCAAGCAUGUCAUCAGUCCCUGGACCUGUGGGACUGCAAAUGGCGACACCUACUCCAGUGUGGAGCGUUUGGCCCCAGCAAGGGAGCGAGGCUCCGGUUCCACCUCUGCUACCAAGCAGCAACCCUUUGGCGACGGAACCACCCAAGAUGGGCAAACGGCGUCGCCAAAAAUACAGAAAUCCAAACAGCUUCAGCGCAAAAUACAAAAGGCUGAUGGAUGUCACGUACGGGACGGCAGAAUAUUGGUCCCUGGACAGUAGUUUAGAUUCCGCCAAUACUGAAAAUUCCUCUAUGGCAACCUGCACCAGAUGUGGGGUAAAGAGAAAGAGGUGCAGGGAUGCAGAGGCCCAGAGUCAGGGCAGAGAGGAAAAUGGUGGUCAGGGUGGAAUCGAGGAGGUGGAAAGAGCCGCCAAGCAAAGCAGGCAGAUGGCUGCAGAUAUCCAGGCUAGCAGGCCAUCUGAGUUCCUGAACCAUCCAGUGCCAGGAAGCUAUACAGAGCAGCACGGAUGGAAUGCUGUUCCCUCCCUUGCGGAACACACCUGGAACCUGGGGUACCUGGAGUUGCUGAACAACAUCCUCCAGCAUGAUGAGACAGCAGUCCCUGCUCCAACAACAGACUGGCCUGUUGACAAGUUUAAGGGAUGUGACCUGGACCAGGACCCAAACUUAAGUAGUUGGAAAAUCGCCAGAAAAAGUCAAGCACCCGCCAAUGUACUGGAAGUCCAGGACGUCAAAAAGAGCCAGGAAAUAUUGAUGGAGCCCCAGUACCAGGUGCAGCAAGAGAACAAUGGGAAUGAACUUGACCCCGAAGACUUCAUACUGCAGCAGAUCCUGGAGGACCUUUUCAAGGGUUGUAAAUAGUGUGGGAGCAUUCGUAAAUAAAAUUUUAGUAGCAUAUAA